AUGGGCGGCAGUGCUUUCGACCAGCAGGCAUCCCGUCUCACCCAGGUAGAACACGCCCGCCUCACCCGCAUCAUCACCGACCUCGCUGCCCCCUUCUUCCAGGGCACCUCUGCCCCGCGCAACACCGCGUCCAAACAGACCCACGGGGACGUGGAUGUCAUCUGUGGGUACGCUGGAGAGAAAUGCGGAGGGCAGGAAGAAUGGGAUCCCGAGAGCAAGACACUGGUCCCGUUGAAGGGUGGAAAGGUUGUUGCUGGGCAGCCGGCGGAUGAGCUGAGGGCGCUGGCGGUGACACUAAUGGGCACCAUUGGGGCUGUGGGGUUGAGACGACAUGGGAGCAAUCUGAACUAUAAAGUCCCCCUCUCGAUACUCAAUGCCACCGAGACGAGCAGCGAGAAGUUCUACCAAGUCGACCUCGUCCUCGUCGCACCCGGCGAUAUCGAGUUCAACACCUUUCUCACAUCCUAUGGCGCCACCAGCUUUCUCAUCGGCCGCUGCCUCCGCUUCUAUUCCCCUUCCGUCGUCCUCCACCUUACCCACUUUGCCUUUCGACAUGCCCCCUUCUUUGGCAUCCCGCCCAUCGACAUCACUAUCACCAACGACCCUGCCGAGUUUUGCAAGUGGUUCGGGCUGGACUAUCAAGUGUGGAAAACGGAGGGAUUACAAUGGAGAUGGGAUUGGCAGUUCUGGAAGUGGUUGACGGAUGUAGAGGAUGGGACGCCUGCUGCUGUUGCGUACAAGCAGAUGAUCCGUAGGGUGAAGCGUGAUGGCGCACCCGUGUCUUUCGGCAAAAAGGAUAGGUUCUCGUCAGAGUUCUACCAAUACCUCCUAGAGAGAUCCAAAUGGUCGAAAGAGUGGGAGAAUACGACCUCCGCGGAAGAGGUCUCCGAGAGGAAGCGGAAGCAGGUCCCAGACGAAAUGCAGUCAAUCAUCGACAUUGACAACCCGGCGGAGUACGAUGAAGUGGGCGCGGCGGUGUUGACUUACUGGGGUAAAGAGAAGGUGUACCAAGAGUUGUUUGAGCAGAGGAAGGCUUUGGCAGCGCCGAUAGCUGCGAGCCAAAAGAUCAAGUUGGAGAAGAAGGCACGUCAGAAGGCGCUGUUGGAUGCGCAAGAGGCGAUGAUUAAGGUGAACUUUGGCGGAUCGGCUGUAGAACAGUAG